CGAAUUUGGUCGUGAUAGUGAUACCAGUGGACGUUGUGCAAUAUAGUCCCUUUAGCAGUCGGUGCUGAACAGACGGUAUAAAAGGGUGACACAGGCACGAUGGCCACUUCCAGCUGGGAUAAGUUUAUCCUGCUGCUGUGGAAGAACUGGAUCAUCCAGAAGCGCCACUACGUGCAGACACUGUUCGAGAUACUGAUCCCCGCCAUUGCCUGCGUGGUGCUGAUCGUGGUCCGCGGGUUGGUCGAUGCGGAUGUGUACGAUGAGCCGACCACGUGGAAGCCGCUGGAAAUUAACACCGUUCGGCAUAUGAUGCCCGAACUGAACCCCAACAUUACCCCACCGAUAACGUUCAUGCUGGCGUACAGCCCUCAGUCAGCGCUGACCGAGCGGAUUAUGCGCCGGGCUGUCGAUCAGAUCCUGGAACCGAUCGAUAUUGCCGGGUUCGAGAAUACCCAGCGCAUGGAGGACUUCUUCCGCCUGAACUACUCACUCGCUGGGGUUGAAUUCCCCGAAAACUAUAAGGACCUCGACACCCUACCCAACAAUGUGACCGUCGCGCUACGAUUCCCGGGCGAAAUGCGAACGCUGCAGGAUGACUUUACCGCGUUCUGGGCAAACUGGGCGACGGAGCUGAUGUUUCCGGCGUUUCAGAUUGCCGGUGCCCGGGAGCGGGAGCGGGACGAUGCUGGCUAUCCGGCGAACUACUACAACGAAUCGUUCAUCGCGGUACAGAGUGCCGUGUCGCGGGCGAUCAUUCUCGAGCGUGAUGCUUCCUUUGCUCUGCCCGAUAUCUAUUUGAAUCGCUUUCCCUAUCCACCGUACUACAGCGAUCCUCUGCUGACGGGAUUUGAAAAUUUGCUCCCACUGAUCAUCGUGAUCGCGUUCUUCUACACCGCCAUCAACACGGUUAAGUACAUCACGGUCGAGAAGGAGAAACAGCUGAAGGAAACGAUGAAGAUCAUGGGCUUGCCGAGCUGGUUGCACUGGUCGGCCUGGUUUGUGAAGUGUUUGCUGCUGCUGAUCGUGUCUAUCUCCCUGAUCGUGGUGCUACUGUGCGUCAACAUCACCACCAACACCGACCUGGCGAUCUUCGAGUACGCCGAGUGGACGGUCGUCUGGUUCUAUCUGUUCGUGUUUAGCAUCACAACGAUCUGCUACUGCUUCAUGGUGAGCACGUUCUUCUCGAAGGCUAACAUUGCGGCCGGCAUUGCCGGCUUGCUGUGGUUCAUCCUGAUCGUGCCGUACAACAUUGCGUUCGCGAACUACGACGAUAUGACGGCGGGCGCCAAGACAGCGCUGUGUCUGUUCUCCAACUCGGCCAUGUCGUUCGGGUUUAUGCUGAUGAUGCGACACGAGGGUACGGCUACUGGGCUGCAGUGGUCGAACCUGUUCGAGCCUGUUUCGGUGGAUGAUGAUUUCUCGGUCGGAGAUACGAUGGUGAUGCUGCUGGUUGAUGCCAUAAUCUAUCUAUCUAUCGCACUGUACGUGGAGAAGGUAUUCCCGGGUGAAUUUGGCAUUGCCGAACCGUGGUAUUUCCUGUACACGAAGAAGUUCUGGUGCAAAGAGACGCAGCAAAAGCAGGAACCAGCGGUGUUGGAUUUUAGCAACUACAAUACGCCCAACAUCGAACGCGAGCCGGAUGGCAAGUAUGCCGGUAUAAAGAUAAAGAAACUGCGCAAAGAGUUCCAGAAGAAUAAGGUCGCUGUGCAGGGAUUGGACCUGAACAUGUACGAAGAUCAGAUCACCGUCUUGCUUGGCCACAAUGGUGCCGGUAAGACGACAACAAUGUCCAUGCUGACGGGGAUGUUUUCACCUUCAUCCGGUACGGCGCUAGUGAAUGGGUACGAUAUACGCAACAAUAUUGAUGCGGUCCGAGGAUCACUUGGACUGUGUCCCCAGCAUAAUGUGCUCUUCAAUGAGAUGACCGUGGCGGAACAUAUAGAAUUCUUCGCUAGACUGAAGGGUGUCCCAAGGAGUAAGAUAAAGGAUGAGAUCCGUCACUACGUGCAGCUGCUCGAGCUGGAAGACAAGCUGAACAAACAGUCCCACACCCUGUCGGGUGGAAUGAAACGAAAGCUGUCCGUUGGAAUAGCACUGUGCGGAGGCUCAAAGGUGGUACUCUGCGAUGAGCCAACGUCUGGUAUGGAUCCUUCCGCUCGACGGGCGCUGUGGGAUUUGCUGAUCAAGGAAAAGCAAGGCCGAACUAUACUACUCUCUACGCACUUCAUGGACGAGGCGGAUAUUUUGGGCGAUCGGAUCGCGAUCAUGGCCGAAGGUGAACUGAAAGCCUGUGGAUCUUCCUUCUUCCUGAAGAAGCGAUUCGGCGUUGGUUAUCGGUUGAUUUGUGUGAAGGGUGCCAACUGUGAUCGUGCUCGGCUGACGGGCAUUCUCCGGCAGCACAUUCCCAACAUUAACAUCGACACGGACAUUGGGUCGGAGCUGUCGUACGUGCUGAACGAAGACUACACGGCCGUCUUUCAGGAUCUGCUGCGCGAUCUCGAAGACAACGUAGAGCAGUGCGGCAUUACGAGCUACGGCAUAUCGCUGACGACGUUAGAGGAAGUGUUUCUGCGCGUCGGAAGUGAUUCGUACGCGUUGGAUCAAAAGAAGGGCUCGAGCGAUAGCGAGCAAGAUAGUAGCAAUGGAUUAGAUAGUAGCUACGGCAGCUCCACCGUCACGAUGAAUCAGACGAGCGACACGCAACCACUGCUCGGUGGAUCGAGCCUGAUAUGGAAUCAACUGUUUGCGAUGCUGCUGAAGAAGUUUAUCUCCACGAAGCGGAGCUGGGUACAGAUGCUGGUGCAAGCGCUGAUCCCUAUCUACUUCGUGAUCGUUACCGUGAUCAUCGUGCGAACUUUCCCCGGUCAGACGGAUCUGCCUGCCAUACCGAUUAAUGUGUACAACUACAGCACAACGACUACGAUCCUGCAGGCAUCGGACCCUGGCAGUCCUUUCGUGGACGGAUUUCGAUCACUAUUUGAGGCGUUCCCGAGCACCCAUCAACUGCGGAUCACCGAUAAGGAUAUGGUGGACUAUAUUUUAGAUGUGUCAACCGAGAACAUUGGUUUGGUGAACCGAGAGUUCAUGGCAGCCGCAUCGAUCACCAACACAAAUCACACCGUCUGGUGGAACCCAACCGGCUUCCAUACUGCUCCCUUAGCACUGAACUUUAUGUACAACGCCAUCAUUAAAUCGAUCAACAAGAACUUUGAGAUCACCAUCAUUAACAAGCCGUUACCGUUCAAGGCUGAAACGAGAUUCACUCAGCUUCAGGCCGGCAACAAUCUCGGCUUCCAGAUCUCGUUCAACACCGGCUUCGCGAUGUCCUUCAUAGCGGCCCUUUACAUCAUGUUCUACAUCAAGGAGCGCACCAGCCGCGCCAAGCUGCUCCAGUUCGUCAGCGGUAUCAACGUGUUUACGUUCUGGAUCGUCUCGUUCGUGUGGGACUUCCUCACGUACGUCAUCACCGCACUGAUUUACAUCGCGACGCUGGCCGCCUUCCAGGAGGACGGGUGGUCCUCGUUCGAGGAGCUCGGCCGUGUGUUCCUAGUGCUGAUAGUGUUCGGCAUUGCGUUCCUGCCCGUCACCUAUCUGUUCUCGUUCUGGUUCGAGGUGCCGGCGACCGGUUUCGUCAAGAUGAUGAUAGUGAACAUCUUCAGCGGGACCAUCUUCUUCACAGCCGUGUUUCUGCUCAAGUUCGACGGGUUCGAUCUGAAGGACGUGGCGAACGGGCUGGAGUGGGCGUUCAUGAUAUUCCCACUGUUUUCGCUCAGCCAGAGCUUGAGCAAUAUCAACGUGCUCUCGACGACGGCUUCCGUGUGCCUGGAACAGUGCACGGAGGAGACGGCUUCGCUAUGCUCGCAGGAGUACCUCUGCAGCUUGCUGCCACAGUGUUGCGAUACGAACAUCUUUUCCUGGGAAUCGACCGGCAUCAACCGACAGCUGAUGUACAUGGGUGGGGUGGGACUGGUCGGCUUCCUGAUACUGAUGGGCAUCGAGUUCCGUGUGGUGGAGCGUGUACUGAAGCGUCGCAAGCGAUCUUCCGGGGCGAUAACACCAGCAGGCAGCGAAGAUCCCACUCAAGAUGAUGACGUUUUGGAAGAGAAACGGCGGGUGAAGUCACUCUCGGAUGGUGAGCUGGCAAACAAGAACCUUGUGGCGAGCGAUCUGACCAAAUACUACGGCAAGUUCCUGGCGGUCAACCAACUCUCAGUGUCGGUGGAGGGCUCGGAGUGCUUUGGACUGUUGGGCGUAAAUGGUGCAGGCAAGACGUCCACGUUCAAGAUGCUCACGGGCGAUGAAAACAUUUCGGCCGGUGAGGCAUGGGUGAAGGGCAUCAGUCUCAAGAGUAACCUCAACCAGGUGCACAAAGUGAUCGGCUACUGUCCGCAGUUCGAUGCUCUGCUGGAGGAUCUUACAGGCCGCGAGACGAUGAAAAUCUUUGCCCUGCUGCGAGGUAUUCCGCAGCAGGAGAUUGCGCUCGAAACGGUACGCCUGGCGGAGGAGCUUAACUUCAUGAAGCACAUUGACAAGCGCGUCAAGGAGUACAGUGGAGGCAACAAGCGUAAGCUCAGCACAGCGCUCGCCCUGCUAGCCAAUCCGGCCGUCGUGUAUCUGGACGAACCGACCACCGGGAUGGAUCCGGGCGCGAAGCGUCACCUCUGGAACGUCAUCAUCAACGUGAAGAAGGCGGGCAAAUCCAUCGUCCUGACGUCACACAGCAUGGAGGAGUGUGAGGCCCUUUGCACCCGGCUAGCCAUCAUGGUGAACGGCGAGUUCAAGUGUAUCGGCUCGACGCAACACUUGAAGAACAAGUUCUCCAAGGGUUACUUUCUGACGAUAAAGCUGAACCGCACGGGCGAUGGCUCGACGGCUAAUGCCGAACCGGUGCGACAGUUUGUGGCACAGAAUUUCGCCCAAGCCGUACUCAAGGAGGAAUACCACGAUUCGCUCACCUACCACAUCACACAGUCCGAGCUGAAGUGGUCGUCGAUGUUUGGGCUGAUGGAGGAAGCGAAACGGACGCUCGAUAUCGAAGAUUACGCGCUGGGGCAAACCUCACUGGAGCAGGUAUUCCUGUUCUUUACCAAAUACCAGCGCGUUACCGAUGAUAACUAGAGAGGAGCCCUGAUUAGUGCGUUAGUUCUACUAACGUACUAGCGA